GCUCUCUCCACCGAAAGCUUGCUCAUUGAAUGCCGUACUUAGCCUGCUCGGUUCGAUUUAGGCAAAUAAUUUGGAGCAAACAAGGUUGGACUAGCUGAUUGAACACCAGCUAUCAGCCACACACUUUCCCGGCCCUCUGUUUAUCUGACUGCGGCGGUGGGGCGUGCUUUCCUGGGUUCGCUGGUUGGGUUUGCUCGGGGAGGCAGGGGGAAGUACGGAGCUGGUCCCGAGUGAUGAUGGAGCUGGAGUCGGCCAGUAACAGAGGCGAACUGGGAGCAGUGGGGGACUCGCUGCAGCCACAGACCCCGAGCAGGCACGAAAAGAGCCUAGGACUGCUCACCACCAAGUUUGUGACUUUACUACAAGAGGCAAAGGACGGAGUGCUGGAUCUGAAAGCUGCUGCAGACACCUUGGCAGUGCGUCAGAAACGGCGUAUUUACGAUAUCACUAAUGUGCUGGAGGGAAUUGGACUGAUAGAGAAGAAGUCCAAGAACAGUAUCCAAUGGAAGGGUGUAGGUCCAGGUUGUAAUACCAGGGAGAUAGCUGAUAAGCUGAUUGAUCUAAAGGCAGAGCUCGAUGAUCUGGCUCUCAGGGAACAUGAGCUGGACCAGCAGAGAGUCUGGGUCCAACAGAGCAUCAAGAAUGUCACAGAUGACUCCAACAACAGCCCUAUGGCAUAUAUAAAACAUGAAGACCUCUGUGGGGCUUUCAAAGGUGACACACUCCUAGCAAUUCGUGCUCCCAUCGGCACACAACUAGAGGUGCCCAUACCAGAAUCUGUCCUUAACGGGCAAAGGAAAUACCAGAUCCGUCUCAAGAGUUCAUCUGGUCCUAUAGAGGUUUUGCUGGUCAAUAAGGACCCGUCCAGUGCCUCUCCUGUUGUUUUGCCCGUCCCUCCUCCAGAUGACGUCCUUCAGAACCUCCCAGCACCAACUCCUACCUCCCAGCCAGCCACUGCUGCCUCCCAGGUCCCCAAAGCAGCUCCUGCCACUUCUGCAAAACCGGCUCCUGCCACAGCAUCUGCAACAGCAGCCAACCAGACAGUCUCAGUGACAGAAGUGACAACCACCACGGCGCUCACCCCAACGACAGAUACACCUUCUGCAGUCACUCAGCAGCUUCAGUCCUCUGCCUCGUUGGACGGAUCUGGAUCCUCUUCUGCCUCUGCAGUAUUUGAACCAAUUAAGUCGGAUCCCUCUGAAUUGCUGGACUUUCCCAAAGAGCUCUCUGAAAUGUUUGAUCCAACAAGAGAGAUCAUGAGUGGAGAUUUGUUGGAAGACUUGAUGUCAUCAGAAGUGUUCUCGCCUCUCCUCCGGCUGUCCCCUCCACCCAGCGACCACGACUACAUAUACAACCUGGAUGAGACAGAAGGCCUGUGUGACCUCUUUGAUGUCCCUAUUCUCAAUCUCUGACCCUGGAGACUGUUGUCAGAGUGGGAAAGCAUUUCCCUUACAUGCUAAUCUACCUUCAUUUUCUCCAAGUUUUCCCCCUCACUGACGGUGAAGGUGAGAAGAGGUGCAGGAAAGCCCAUAUGAUCUGAUGAGCAUUCAAAGACACCUCUGCACUGACACAGUGAGCUCAAGCUGAGCUCAGUCAGACAGUAGCUCGAUGUACAGCUUUAUGAAGAAAUACAGGCGAGAACAAAACGUUUUAUUUACUGCUUUUCCAAGGAAACUGAGUCAAAACAAAUGACAAAUAAUUAUAUUUUUGGAUUUUUGUGUAUUAUAAAGAGUCAUGUUUGUGUAUCAGCUUUCCCGUGUUCUCAAGAGCGAAUGUGUGUAAGCAUACUUUACAUGAGUGUGCUUGUGAGUCCGUGUGCCUGCUUGUUUUUUGUAUUGAAUGCUCUCUUAACUUGAGUCAGAUAUCUCCAGGAAAAAAAGAGAGAAGUAUCAGGUCAAGAGUCAUAGCAGACUAAUGGAGCACAGCCUUUAUCACCCGGCAGCUGCUCACGCAUUGGCUGAAUGAGUCCAAACACAGCUGGUUAAAAUAUGCACUGUCCUCAUGUACAUAGAGAAUAUAUAUUUUGUAUUACCAGCACACAAAACUAUUGUAUUAUUAUGAACUACAUUUGUGGCAGAGCAAUAGUUUGCCAAAAAAGAAAGGUACCAUACUCAAAUGAUCAAUACUCUAUGUAAGAAUUGUUUUGUUUUGAAUAAUGGGACUUGAUUAAACCUUUCAGUGCUGAAGUGCUGUUGGGUUCCAGUUAGAGAAAGAAAAUUUUAAUACUAAGCUGUUGAGGCCAAUAAACUUUGAUGUAAUGAGCCAAGGACCAAAAAAGUGCAGGACUGGGGGGGGAGUUUUAGACUACAACUAUUUUUACAUUAACACCUUUUUAGGUCAACAAGGUGCUUGUUAAAAUGAAAAAUAAAAAUGUCACUUGUAAACUCCACAUUAUGAAUACCUUGUUCUUUAACUGGUUCAACAUUGGCACAUCUACACUGAGAGGUUCAAUUGUUUAAAAAAAGAAAACGGGCACGCUUUCAGUUUCAUUUUGCCUUUGGACUACUACUAUUGGACCUUACAGAUUUUUAUUGGCUCUGAUUUAUAUGUAAUUUAACUGGUGUAUGUCAGAGGAGUAGCCUUUUUCCCCCCUUUCCAAAAUGAGUUUUGUGGCGAAUGUCUUUCAAUUAUAAUGUAUGUAUAUGAAUACCAUUGUACUCAGUUCAUUUGUAUGUAAAAGGACAUGUAUGUAUUUCUGAUGUAUUUUUACUGAUGCAGUGAAUAUAGUCACCAUGUCAUGAAGUGUGAUCCUGUUUUGGCUAUUUUUUUUUGUAUAUUUGGCACAGAUCCCUAUUCAAUAGUUUUUACUUUUUUGCAUUUUACUUUCUGUUCAUGCUCAUCACUCUAAAUUUGAUUUUUCAACUCUAAUUAUUCUCUCUGUGCAGGGGACAGAUGAGUAGCAAUUCGGGAUGAGUUGUUACUCGUCUGUACAAUACCGAUAUUCAUCUUUCUACGGUGCUUUCUUCUGUAAAAUCACUUUUUGUGUAAUAAUAUCCUGGUUUGCCCAGGAUGACAUGUAUGUAUGUAAAGUAUGUACUGUGUAUAUCCUUCUCUACCGCUUGUAUAGAAUAGCAUUUAUUUUUUAUACCUGCUAGAUAUAUUAUUACAUGACCGUUGCUACUAAUUUUGGGCUACACUUAAACUUUAAGGGAUUUAUCCACAAAACCUUCUGCUUUAUAAAAGUAUCCUGUCUCAUCAUUGCACUUUACAUCACUGUGGACAAAUUAGUUGCUACUCAUUCAUGUCUUGAUCAGUAGCCAGUCGUUGUGUUUGGACAGUGUUUGUGAGCAGCCAGGGAGUUCAAGAGUCCUGGGUUGAAUGGAUCAUGUCUUGUCUGCUGGUGUGUGAGACUCAAUCCUUCAGACUGCUUUUAACAAGGCUCACUAUUGUUAGGCUGUAGUUGCAUCAAAUGAUACAAAAAUAAACACUUUGGUAUUCUUUGUC